AUGUCCUUCGUCCGCCUCGCUGCCCGUCCCGUCCUUGCCAACGCGCGCCGGUAUUCCACCGCCCCCGCGUCGGCCCCCAAGUCCAACCUUCCGCUCUUUCUCGCUGGCGGAGGUGUCGUGGCUGUCGCGGGCUACUUCUACCUCAACGGCAGCAGUCAGCCUGCUGCUCUCGCAAAGCCCAAGAUCUCGGACAAGAGCGCACUCGACCCCCAAAACUUUGUCGACUUCAAGCUCAAGGCCGUCGAGCCCUACAACCACAACACCGCAAAGUUCGUCUUCGAGCUCCCGCCCGACACCGCGACCCUCCUCCCCGUCGCCGCAUGUGUCGUCGUCAAGUCCUCUGCCGACUCCCCCAAACCCCUUCUUGACGGCAAGGGAAAGCCCGUCAUCCGCCCCUACACUCCCAUCUCGCCCUCUGACCAUCCUGGCGAGCUCACCUUCCUCGUCAAGAAGUAUGACACCGGCGUCAUGUCCAAGUACUUCUUCGACCUCAAGCCCGGAGAGUCCCUCUCCGUGAAGGGCCCCAUCUCCAAGAUUCCCGUCAAAGCCAACCAGUUCGAGCAGGUCGGCAUGAUCGCGGGCGGUAGCGGCAUCACGCCCAUGUACCAGAUCCUUGACCACGUCCUCCAGGACCCGGAGAACAAGACCAAGUUCACCCUCAUCUUCGCCAACGUCGCCGAGCGCGACAUCAUCAUGAAGCAAGACUUCGACACCCUUCAGAAGAAGUACCCUAGUACCCUCAACGUCGUCUACACUCUCGACAAGCCCGAGGCUGACUGGAAAGGUGAGACGGGUUACGUCAAUGCGGACAUGAUCACCAAGCACCUCCCGAGCGCCAAGCUCGGCGAGAAGACCAAGAUCUUCGUGUGCGGUCCCCCCGGUCAGGUUGCGGCCCUCGCGGGUAAGAAGGACGGCAUGAAGCAGGGCGAGCUCGCUGGCACUCUCAAGGAGCUCGGUUACUCGUCUGACCAGGUGUUCAAGUUCUGA